AUGGAGAAGGGUGGUCGUUUUCCGAGAAAGUGGGCUUUCAUGAGGCAGUGUCACAUCCCUAAGGAGUCCGAGGGAGGUCAGACCCUCAAAGCUUCCAAGCUGAAACCCAUCAGCGUGGCUUCUUUGUGGCUCCGUAUCUGGGGUAGCGCGCGGAUCAAGAGCCAGGAUGCUAGUCAGUGGAUCGAAAGCGUUUUGCCGCCGUACGUGGUUGGCGGCAGAAAGGGUCGGGACAUCCUUGCUACUGUGCUGUCCCUGGAGCACAGAGCUUCUCAGGGUGCUUACCUGGGCACGCUGGACUACACUAAGGCAUAUGAUCAUCUGCGCCCGUCGCGGGCUGCAGCUGUCAUGGAACAUGCCGGGCUCCCAAAAAGUAUCGUGGAGGGUCUUGCGCUUCUAUGGACGGAGCAGAGAAGGGUCAUCUUGUGGCAGGGCCUCUGUUCUGAUGAGCUUCAGUGGGCUGGUUCUUCUUUGCCCCAGGGCGACGCGUUUUCGGUUCUUGCCUUGAGCCUGACGCUUAGACUCCCUGCUAUGAAGCUUCAACGGGAUUUCCCGGGGCUAAGCCAGCUCAUCUACGUUGAUGACAGGUCUUGGGCUGCAGGCAACCCCUCGGAAUGUGAAGCUGUUUGGAACUUCUGGAAGAGGGAGUCCACCAAGCUAGGCUUUAAAGAGAACAUCGCUAAGGCUCAGUUCUUCCAUGUGACCGGCUCUGGUCGACGCAGGUUGCGCAACACUUCUUGCGAGCUUCAGGUGUCUCAUGAGUUCACGGUGCUGGGAGUUACUCUUAGGGGCAAGCCAGGCUUCAAGAUGAGUGCUAAGGAGAAGAAACGAAUGGAGGCUGCUCAGUUUGUUGCUGCAAGGAGCAAGGCGCUUCCGCUCAAGCUGAGGACCAAGGCCUUCCUGAUCUCCUGCACGUCGGCUGCCGUCGCGUCUUGGGGUUGGUUGCUGUCGUCUCCUCCCAAGUCGCACAUUCGCAAGUUCGAGGCUGCGUGGCGGUCUCUGGGGGUUGACCUCCGUCAAGCGUCUGUCCCUCUCUUGAAGGUCCUGUCGGGUCAUGGCUCUGACUUGUCUUUCAUGUCCGGGGUGUCGGCUCUCGCAGCCUUCUGGCGGGGAGUGGAGAGAGGCGGUCUGUCUUUGCAAGGGUGGGAUGUCAGCUUGGCGGUUUCUCGAAUCCGCGCCUUCAUGUCUGAUCUUGGCUUCACGGUCGUCAGGCCUUUUGUCUGGACAGGCAGGGGUGACGUGUCUUUUGAAGGUGACCUUCGGGACAGGUUUCCUUUCGUCAAGCAUGUCAUCCGCGAGGCUUGGAGGCGCAAGAUGUUAGAGCAGCACUCUAGCUCUUCAAGGAGGGAUGCAGUGUUCAUUGACUACGAUGAACGUUGCAUGAAGAAGGGCCAGAACUUAUGCCGCUGA